AAACCUUUCACUCCAAUGUACCUCCGCCUCUUGCGCACCACCACGACGCGUCCAAACUGUUUUCACUCUGUUGGCUAUGGCGACGAAAUUGCACCUUAUCAGCCGGGCAGUGACUUCGGCCUCUGAAAAUCUUGGCGCGCCCACCGUCCUCUUAACAGUCUUCACUGGAUCGCAAAAACUUCUUCUUACACCAAACUUUCUCGACUUCGGUAUACCACGAGCACGCCAAUAUGGAUUCAACCAACCAGGUAAGCCAUGCGUCCGUGCUGUCCGCUGCCGCUGCAUCUGCGACUGCCUUUUUGUUUGGUGCGCGAAACUCCCCUAGAGUUGGGGGAGGGAAGGCGGAGGAGGAUUGGGUUGGCUGCGCGGAGGAGGAAGAGGUGCUUUUGGAUCUGAAGGGCCAUCGACAUGUGGAGAAAUCUCGUGGUGCCGACGUUCCGUACGUGAUCGGCCAGCAAGACAACACAUUCACCGCACAGUUCGACAAGAGUUGCGAGGAAGCCGAAAAGGCAAUGAGAUAUUUCUUGCGAAGGCACCUUGUACACCAUCAUAUCAGGAACCAGCACGGUGAAAUGGAUCUCCUGGACAAUCUCUCAUCCCGCCAUAUUGCUCCACUUCAAGCUCCGCUCUGGCGAGAGAUGCCUCAGGAAUGGGGCAAGUUCUCGAUCCUGCAGCGUAAAUAUCUCACGGAAGGGAACUUCAUGGCAGCCGCGGCCGUGCCGUUGAUCGCUGACGCGCUGGAAGCAAAUAGCGUGUUCGUCGUUCGGGACGGGCCCUCCGCUCUAUGCACCUCCUUCUCGUGCCAGAAAUUCCACGACCAGUGGGAUACGCCUAUCCGAUUCUACGGUGUCGCUGUCGAGCCGGUCAUAGAUUGGGCGACUCUAGAACCCGCGUUCAAUGAAGGCGGCUAUGACGAGGAGCCUCUAGUCUACCGACGCAACAAAAGCAUGCGAUACGAAUUCGGUCUCGACAUUCGACGAUUCAUCCCCGAGCAGUGUCUCGUCCUCUGCUUGGAAUGCUUACACCUCGUGUGGGAAAAGCGUAGGCUGGCUUGGUCCAUUAUCGGCCAAUUCGGUGACGAGUUCAAAGAUCAACUUGAUGCGUACCGUCUCCAAUUUAGCGAGGACGAAGUCGAAGACAAGUCUGAGAAUGACGAUUCAGACCCUGAUUCCGAUUCUUCGGGUGACACCCCUUUGAACGAGGCGAUGUCCGCCGGACAAAUCCUCCCUGGCCGAUUCGAAGACGAAGAGAAUGUGCAGGGAAGCUGGGGACUAGUCUCAAUUUGGCGGGCACUCUCUAUACGCCCAGGUAAUGCUAACAUCAACGGCCAGCCUUCCAUACAACUAGACGGCACGUGGGAGACCAAGCGGAACAGCGAACCGAUCACUAUAUGGGAAGAUCCGACGACGAGCGCCGAAGAGGACUGUGAAGGGACAAUGUUUGAUCCCGGCUCCCGUGCUGUGGCGCCGCCCGCUUUCACCCAGGCCAGCCAACAUCCUAUGUCCGCGAACAAAGUAGUUCGGCCUGAUUCUACAAAAUCGAGGGGAUGGACUGCUAUUAACCAGUCACCAACACCCACAGCCAACGGUUUGGCUAUGAGGCCUGCCAUGCACCCGACCCCCGGAACGCCAAAAAAGGGAGAGCAGCUCCACUCUGCGAAUACCGCUCGGACUGCCACGAUGCCCGCGCCGCCACCAAACCCAACGGCACCAGCAAACAGCAAGGAUCCGAAGUUCCACUUCGACCCGGCUUUUGCCCAGCCAUAUCCUCCACAACAGGUUAAGGAGCUUGUCAGUCCCCCAUCUCCAUCCUUCAUCCAGCCGAAGAAGCGCUUCCCGUCUGCGUCGGAGAUCAUCUGUGCCUGCCACAAGCCUGCUCAAACAUUUCAGGUGAAGAUCACCCAAUGCUGGAACCCGGAAUGCCCGGUCGGCUGGUACCAUUACGAGUGCCUAGAUAAGCGUUGCAAGCUGUCUUCCCUCCAUGGAAAAUGGCUUUGCAAUGUGUGCAAGACGGAGAAGGAGUUUGGAGGGGCAAAGAACACCACCGACAUGAGCUCACCGUUCUCUGCGCAGGAGAUUGUGAAUGCAAUGCCGAUUGCGGGAGGCGCUUCUGGAGGUCUCAUGCCUGUCAAGAACCCCUACGGCUUGGGUGCGGAUCAAGAUACGUCUACUGAGGACCGGGAAGAUGCUUGGUCAGACGAUGAUGAGUUCUACAAGAACUGAUAGGGCGUUAGAAACCCCUAGGAUAGGCUACCCAUAUUCGGUCUUCUGGGUGGACGGUAGCUGAUCGGGCUGCGUCUCGGGUAGAUUUGGUGAAAAUGAUGAGGCGUCGAAGCCC